GGACGUUGCGCUGGGUGUUUGUAACCCUACGAAUUAAGAGUUUAUAUGCGUCUUACAAAGUAAAAACUGGUUUAUAAGAGAAUUAAUCAUAAUUGUAGAUGUUUAACUGAUCUUUAAGUUGCCCAGUGUGCUAAAUGUUGAAAUUGUUAAAAUUUAAAGAUAACAAACGUAUGCCGUCAUGCUGCAAUGUAACCAUGUGGGUAUGACUCACAUCCACUUUGCGCUAAUUCUAAUGGUCCUCUGCAGAGCACCUGUUACCUGUUUGAAUCCUGGCGCCUAAAAGGCUGCAGGUUGUCUCCAUAAUGGAUCAGGCUUUUGGGACAUCUGAACAGCCUGACCUGACCACAAUGUGUGCGAGUCUUUGUAUGUGUGUUGGGACUGGGUGGGUGCUGGCAUAAGGCCUCCCAUUGUCACUGUGGUGCGAGCUGUAACUAGAGGAGAGGCCAUACUCACACAACACAACAGAAGUGAUCCUCUAAUAGGAGCUGAGCCGGGGUUUGGCUGUUGUUUUUCAGUAACAGAUCUUUUCCACACUUAGUAAAAUGAAGCAAUCCCUUCUACUUAAACCCACUAGUAUAAUUGGGUAACACUAAUUAUGCUGUAAGUGAUUGUAUAACGCCUGGUACAUUCAACAAGGUUUCUGCAGAUCCACAAAAGGUCUUUAAAAAACUUAGUUUUACUUAGGAAAGGUCUUUUUUAAUGCCACUUCGCCUGAGACAUGUUCUUAUCAAAUCAUUGUGCCCUGGCACACUUUAUAUGCUUAUUCGUUUGUCCACAUUGUAGUUCUAAGCCCUACCAAGUUGCCCAUGAAACAUAUAGACCCCCUUGUUUAUUUAUUUAUUUAUUUUGUUUACUUUAAAAAAAUUACAAAAAGUGUAAUUUUCAUUUUUGAUAUUAUGAUAAUGGAACUGUUUAGGAUCAUGCAAGCACACCUGACAAAAUAUCUGUCCUAUACCAUUUGACUAUUAAUGUUUUUUAAGUUAGCAGUCCAUUCUCUUAACUGUAUGGCCAGUAUCUUUUGAUUGUGUAUAGCAAUGCCAGAACCUUGAAAAACAUCUGGGUAUCAACAAAACAAAGAUGAGAUAAAACUUUGUUAGAUUGCUCAGAAUUUUGUCGUGCAUCACCAGCUUAUUCAUCAUCACAAUACAUUCACAUCACAUGUGAAAAGCAUAUCAUAAAAACAGCAUAACUUGCCAGUCAAAAAUAAUCAAAGAAUAUAAUAAAACAUCCUCAGGGAGUGCCAGGAGUUUAAAAAAAGAUGACAAAAUAAGGAAGCUGGCUCACUUAUCAGACCACAGCAAUGGUUUGGUGGCAAACUUUUUUCCAGUUAGCUCCAAAAUCUAACCUGAGCAGGUUAGCCCAAAGGCUUGAACCAACACAGGUGAUCUAAUGUAAAUGCAUUGACAUUUAUUCACAUCUCAUUAGGACACCAUUCAGUGGGGCUUUCAGGGGUCCAGCCAUUUCUCUGAGCAGGCUGGUUGCAUUUAAAAAAUAAAAUCUUUGUUGAUUCAUUUUAUUUGCUGAAAGUCUUCAUAAAGCUUAUGUGAAGAACUCUGGUUGUGUCCCUGUGGACAAAGCAGCACCCUUUAUCUCAUUCCUUUUUUUGUGGCCGACUUUUUAUUUAUUUAAUAGAGGUAGCAGGUAUCUUCAUAUCAGUAACACUGCAUGAAUUCACACCAUUAUAACUAAUAAUGAGACAAAAAAAAAAAAAUCAUUGCAAACCUGCAACUACCUAUUUGUCUCAAUACCAAAACCCUCUCCUUCCCCAUGGGUCUUUCCUGGUAAUAUUACAUUCCAGGAAAAAAAACAAUAAAUCAAAACAAUGUAUAAUCAAGUAAAUGAAUUAACACAUACAAAAUAGAAUAAUAGGGACAAACAUGAGCACAGAUGCCAAUAUAAGUUACAUCAUUGAUCUUGUAGCAUUAAACACUUUGAAAAACAAAUAUAUAAACUAGAGAUCUAUUAAAGCAAUUAAUUUAAAAAAAUACUUUUAUGGCAAUAUAAUAUCACAACACUUACAAAUUUACCACAAGACAAUACCUGUGGACAAAAUGAGCGUAAUACCACAUGUGGUACAGUAAUCUUCUAAUCAUUAUUAUAUUGUUUCCAUGAUGGUUAACUGCCCAGCAUUCAUGUUCAUGGUUCAUGGUAGUUAUUUUACUGUUGAUCGGUGAUUUAUACAGCAGGUAUUUAUGGCUGAUAAACAUCCAUUUUCUACACCGGUUAUCCUUUUCAGGGUUGUGGGGGCUGGAGCCUUUCCCAGUUGUCACUGGGCGAGAGGUGGGGUGCACCCUGGACUGAUCAACAGUCAAUCGCUGGGCUAACUUAUAGAGACAACAACCAGGUAACACACGUAGCUUUCAUCCAUCCUGCCAGAUCCUCCUCUCCCUCCAUCCUCCUCUUUGAGCCCGGCCUCUCGUCUCCAAUAUGGACAACCUGGAGGAGGACCUGACGUGCUCUGUGUGCUACUCUCUGUUCUCUGACCCGAGAGUCCUGCCCUGCUCUCACACCUUCUGUAAGAACUGCCUGGACAACCUGCUCCAGGUGUCCACCAAUUAUUCCAUCUGGCGUCCGCUCCGCCUGCCUUUAAAAUGCCCCAACUGUCGCAGUGUGGUGGAGCUGCCCCCGGCAGGCAUUGAAGCUCUGCCCACCAACGUUUGUCUGCGUGCUAUCAUUGAGAAAUACCAGAAUGAAAGUGAGCCACGUCCCCCUCCCUGUGAGGAGCACCACAGGCAGCCGCUGAAUAUGUACUGCAUCCAGGAUCGACAGCUGAUCUGCGGACUCUGUCUCACUAUCGGGGAGCACCAGGGCCAUCCCAUAGACGACCUACAGGCUGCCUUCAUCAGAGAAAAACAGACCCCAUCUCUGCUGCUGGCAAGACUGUCUGAGAAAAGAUGGACACAGAUGUGUGAGCUGGGGGAGCAGCUGGAGCAGGAGAAGGCCCGCUGUGAGGGUCUGGUGAGGCAGGACCGACAGGAGGUCAAUCAGUUUUUCCAGACACUGGAGGCGGUGCUUGCACUCAAAAGACAUGCCUACCUGGAGGCUCUGGACAAGGCUGGGACGGAGGUGUCCCGGGCUUAUGAUCCCCUCAUACUCAGAGUCAAGGAGCUGCAGGAGGAACAGUUGGACCUGGUGUCUCUGGGCUCAUCAGUCGAAGAGGAGGACUCGCCUCUGGUCUUCCUGGAGAAGGUGCACCUGUUCAGAGAACGGGUGGAGGAGUUCAUUAAAACUCCUCUGCCCUCCGUGAUAAACCUCUCCGUCAGCCCACGGGCGGCUGACUUCCUCCAGCAGCACUGGCCUGUUGUGACCAUCGGCAGCCUGGAGGAAGCCCCCAUCCCGAAGCUGUGCUGCUGCACCAGAUGUGGCUGUGUGGAGGCAGGCGUAGAAACUGAAACAGGGCGGGAUGAGCCUGAGAACUGGUUAUGGGACCUCAAACCGACUUCUUCUAUGGUGCUGUUGGGGCUGCUGCUGCUGCUGGUGGCACUGUGGGUCAACCCAGUGGGAGGGGCGUCGUUGGGUUUCUCUAUGCUGUCCUGGUUCAGUCAGGUGGUCCACGGCAUGAGCAGUGAACUGACGACGUAUGUGUGGGAUGCAGUGGGGUUGGCAUACGAGGUGAUGGAGGCCACCGUAGAAAGAUGGAGCUGUUGGCUCUCCUCAGUGGGAGAAAAGGCUCUACAGCAACUGGCUGCCUUACUCAAAACUCUGAAAAUACACUAAAAAAACUGAAAACAACACAAGAAAAUGCCACUUUUAUAUUCUGCUAAGAAAAAAAUCCACCCAAAUAUUUAUUUUAAACACUAAUUUCACAUUUACAAGGGUUCUAGUUUGAUGUUUAAUGCUAUAAAAUGGUGAAUAUCGAUGGAGCACCAAGCAUUGUGGAUAUAUUUCCCACUUCAGUUCUCUUUUUGUUUUUUUUAUGGUAACUGUCACAAAAGUGGUCCUUAAAAUUCCGACAACAAGUCAGAGCAAACAGAUUUUAAAGAUAUACCAGUGUAAAAUUUACACCUAAAGGUGUUUUUUUUUCUUUCAGCCUUAAACAUCAAUUAUUCCAAGAGAAAAGUUUUUUUUUACUUUACAUUUUCUUUCUUCUAAGUGCUUUAAAAUGAAAAAACAUUGUUUCUAUGUAGCUACAAAUCUUUUUAUAUAUUAUUAUUUGUGUUAUACACUUUGUUUAGUAUUAUUCAACGUUAUGGUCACGCUGCCUUACUGAGCAUCUAUCAUAGUAAACACUAUUAAUAUAUUCAAUGAAGGUGUUCAGUAUGGAACACUAAAUAUUAACCCUGUGCCUUCUUUCCCACAAUGCAGUGGGGUGUUUCACUAGUGUCAGAGAGCUCCAGUGAAGCUGCGGCACAUGUAUCCCCUUACAUCAGACUGUUUUCAUUAUGGGAACUCCACAGCCUGAUGAGUGGAUCUGACUGACAGAUCAUGUUGCAGUGAUGAUCCGUUCUGAGUCUCUCUCUUUGUGCCUUUAAACAUCAACCCACUUAGCUGUAUUUAUUAAAGCAGACUUUUACUCCACUAUGAUCAAUAGGUCACACUUAAAACAUACAGUCCAUUUGAGAAAUGGUUGGAGGAUCCCAGGUGUUACUCUCCUCCUUAAGUAUGUCAUUUAGAAAACAAGAUCUCCUAUAACUGUAAGAGGACUGAACAAAUGGUAUUUGAAUAAAUGUUUUACCACACAAACUUGUUCUGAUAAAUGCCUGAAUUUUCCUUAAUUUUACAAUAAAAUGUCUUAAUAAAGUUUA